AGGUUCAACCGGACGCUUUUAUCCAUGCUGAGAGCCUUACUGGAGAAAGAGAUAUCCCGCUGGCGUGACCAUCUCAAUAAGGUAGUUCAUGCAUACAACUGUACCCGUCAUGACUCUGCUGGAUUUUCACCUCUCUAUCUACUGUUUGGUAGAAACCCGAGACUACCUAUUGACUUAGUGUUUGGCUUGAAAACUCCAGAGGGAUUUUCUACAUAUCCUGAAUAUGUCAGAAAUUGGCAACGAGCAAUGAAAGAAGCUUAUGAUUUGGCCUCUACCCAUGCAAAGAAAAGUGCAGACGUGGGGAAACAACAGUAUGACAAGAAAGUCAGACACACUGCACUGUGUGUAGGAGCUCGUGUUCUUGUACGAAACAUGACUGAGCGUGAAAUCUAUCUUGUAACUCAGAAGAGGAAGGAUAUGCCAGGUUAUGAAGUAAAGCCAGAGAGUGGAAAUGGAAGGUCAAAAGUUCUCCAUCGCAACAUGUUAUUAAUAUGUUCUUACUUGCCAGUUGAGACCCCACUUAAGUCAUCAAAGAGUCGCCAUACAGUAUCUAGGAGGGCCAACAGACAGCAGGCUUCACAAGAAGAGACAACCGGAACUACUGAUGAGGACAUUCUUGGCCUCACACCUGAUAAGCUCCAAGAACUUUACGAGUCUACAAGA